AGAGAUAUCUGGACUCCUCAGUCCUCACUCCUCAGUAUCCCUUCAGCUGCAGGUGAGGGAAGGUGCGUCGCUCUGUCCAGGUUACAGCCUGAAGUGUGGGGUGGCUUUCUCGCUCCAGCCACAGACCCUCGCCGCCGCACUGCGCUCCAUAUAACAAGGAUACCUGGCAGCAGGAAUCUUGGGGAGGAUCAGGCCAGGCUCUCCUCGCCACACCCGGGGGAGCCUCGCCGCCGCCUGAGGAGCCUCGAGGGACCACUGGAAGCUUGACUGGAAGGAGGGGCCAGACGGGAGGAAGGGUCAGUCCGCCGCCUCCCACACGGCUCUUCCUCUUACGCCGAUAACAUCCCUCCUUAAAUAUUUCCCUUAUCGAGUUUCACCCCCACUUGAGUUGCUCCCAAGCCUCCGUGACCUCUCCCUGGUGCCAGCGACCCUCCAGCCAAGUGUGUGACAUCAGUCGUCCAAAUGGCAUUCAGGUCGACGCCUUGAGAGCGGCGGCACAAACAGGGACCACAGGGAUGGCUAUUCGAUAAGAUUCUUUAAGGUCAUCGUUCCCUUGCAGCGCCACCUCCUUGCCAGCCAGCCAACGCCCCCGACAGGCUUCCCCUCGCCCCCCUCCCUCCGUGUCCACCCUCCCAGCGCCCCUCAGCCACGCGUCACCCCGGAUAUGCUGACGCUGCGCUGAGUCAACAUGGGAUUCAGGAGGCUCGCCCCGGUGGUUCGCCUGGGGGGGCACGGGUGGCUACGUUUGGAUGCUCGCCACGCCGCCGUCGCUGCAGCCCUCUACACCAUCGCAGCGUCGGCCGUGGUGGCGGCGCUAUGUGCAUGGCGCCUGGUAGUCAACGGCAGACUCGCUCACUACCUCCAGGAUGUCUAUUACGGUGUGCAGAUCGCCUACCUGUCCAUCCUGUGCACACACCUCACCCUGAUUGUGCUCAGCUACCUCCUCAUCAUAGGCGUGUACAAGGAACAAGUGGGCCUCCUGACACUGUGGGUCAUGGCAAGCAUCACCUUCAUGGCACUAGAGGCUGUGUGUUGUGUGUACGCCAACGUUCUGCGAGACCACGUGAACAAGAGGUUUGAUGUAAUAUGCAAAGUGGAGAUGAGCUUCUUUGCAGUACGACUAUUUGCCAACAUUCUGUCUUUGUGGGGAGUCAUGAGGUUCUACAGAAAUCUUCGUUCCGGCUUCACCUACAGGGACCCUGAAACCAUAGAGUUGUAAAAAACAAGUUAUCAUCUAGAAUAACAAGUUAUCUUGCCUGAACUACAGUAUUGUAACUUUGCCCUCUGAUUAUGAACUGCUAAGAUUGAGACAGUAAGACCCUUCUUGGACAAUGCAUGGCCUGACAGGAAGUCACACAGCCACCCAUACUUACAAAAACCCAAUAAGUAAAGGCUUCAUGUUGCCACUAUAUUAAGAUGAUAAUUGAGUUACAUAAUGAAAGUGAGAAAAUAACACAUGUUAACUAAUAUCUGCAAGACUUUAGGUCGUCUAAUUCCUAUCAAUGUUUUUAAUCAAUUCAAAUAUGGAAAAUCUCACAUGGUAACUGAUAUUACACAUACAAGACAUUUAUGAUUAUAACAUAGCAGACCAUUACCAUAGCAAAAUUAGGUUUCAGAAUGCCUUCAUAUUUAAUGUGGUUUCUGAAUUUCACAAUUAACAUAGCAAAAAACAGCACACGGCAAUGAGCUAUUGCAUGUGCAGUAAAAGAAGUGGACUGUGCAGUGGUUGAGUAAGUGAAAUGUGAUCAGAGAUGCUUUAGCUUAUGAUGAGAAUGAAUGUAGACAACUUUGUGAAGAGGGCAUAUAUGGACAGGAUUAAGGGAAAAGGUGUCAGUGGGAGAACACCGUAAAAUGAAUCACUAAAGUGGAUGAGUAUUAAAGAGAUUUGGUAAAUGAGGGAAUGAGCACUGAGAGGGAGUGCCAAAACAGGGAAAGUUGUAGAUAUAUUUGCCAUGGCCAUUCCCAUAGGGGAAGUUCCUGUGAGGGAAAAGGACGUCCGAGAUGUAGAUAGAUAGAUAGAUCAGAAAUGAGUUACAAAAAAUAGUUUUAUAUUUUAGGGAUCAUUGUGUGGGGGCAAGAAAGGGAUGUGGUGGGAGACGCCACAGCAGCAUUUUGUCUUAUUAUUCAAGGUUCAAUUACAGCAAAUUAAGUUGUUGAACUAUGUAAGAACAGUUCCUUCUUUUCCUUUCCAUUGUUAAAUGAAUUCCAGAAUAACAUGUUGCUUCAUAUUGUCUAUAAUCAUAACAUAAUGAACCUAUUUUUCACUGUGGUUAUUUACAUUUCAUACAGUUUGCUACAAUUUUUUAUGAUUUGCUAUGAUGUUUUCUCUUAAUAAAACAUGCCAAAAUACUGUAUCAUUAUCAUACUCAGAUGAGCCAAUCGUUUCUUUUUUCUUGUUUAUAACCCCACAUAUUAUAUUCAAAAGAUACAGUGAUCAAGGAAUACUGGGACAGAUGUAUUUUUUUCACCCAGUGAAUACAUUAUAGGCUAUAUCCCUUGCAUCAGUGUUAUGUCUACAGUAUGUUAAUUUACUGCCAAUGUCAAUUCACCUCUGCAAUGUCUUUUUCUCCUUUUGAGGCAUUCUUAAGGGUCCUGUGGUUACACUGUGAAGAGCUGUGGCUGUUGUGGUUCUCCAGCACCAUCCUUUAUUUUUAAAUUUGGUUUUCUUAAAAGGUAUACUUCAAUUUUAUUAUUUUUAGAUGUAUCAUUGUCUGAAAGGUACCUAAAUUGGUGGAAUACUGUAUUUUGACUAUAAAUGUCAUAUCUUGUAUACAACAGAUAAUAAUGUGCAUAGGUGGAUAAUAGGAUAUGGUUACAUCAUUAGGGAACCCAUGGAAGUUUUUGUUAAGUCUUACUUUAACUCGCAGCAUACAGAUAUUAAACUUACAAGAUGGAAUUCAGAGUAGAUCUUUUGUUAAUACACAUGUAUUACAUGUGACAGCAAUUAAUACAUCAACUGAGAGGAAAUUAAACAUAGAGGGUAUACAGGUAGGUGCUACAUGAGCAUAAUCCUUUAAGAGCCUGGGGUGGUGCUCACCAGGUCUACUAGAGGUACCACUAGAGGAUCCAUCCAGAUUUUUUAGUAUUUACAAAAUAGCCUCAGAAUGACUGAUACUACAGUGUUGGUGUUCUUUAAGAUGAGGGAAGGGACUGGCAGAGAAACAGAGGCAAUGGCUACAACCAACAUAUCCGCCAUGUUUCAGCCACAGGUCAGAAAAGCAUCAUCCUUCAAGGUUGAUGAAACACUGACGACCAGCUUUCCCUCUUUCACGACCAACGUAAGAAUGUAGCAGUUAAGGGUUGUAUUUCGCUCUGUUAAUUCAAAGCUCCUCAUAAAUAGUCGUCUGCUUUACAUAUCUCCAGUGCUCUUGAGUGACACUAAGAAAACAAUUCAAGGCAUCAUUAGCUUGUUGAGAUGUGGGGAGUUCACUUCUCCAAGCACAUGUGACAGUGACACUGAUCUACUCGGGAGUGUAACUUUUUCCCAACAUUUCUCCCGGGAUUCAAACUGGGGUCCCUGGAACAGGAGGUGGACACUAGCGUCGAGCCAAAGGGUCCCCCGAUGCCGUAAUGAGUGGUGAGUAUGGGCUAUACUUUUUUUUUUAAUGUAAUACUAAAUACAUGAUACCUGUUACUGAAAUAUACCACUCAAGGGCCGGCUUUGGCUCACGAGCUGCCAGUUCAAUAGUCCUGUUAUUUCUUUCAAUGUUUAGGCCUAUGGUGUCUGUAGGCUUUCUUGGUGGGGCCUGAUGGUCGGCCCCAGCUCGUUAUGGCGCAGGCAAGUGUUUAUAGUGGUGCCAUCUUGCUUGGCUCAAGCUACCCUUUCAGUGUUUUGCAGAGCUCAUCUUUAAAAUAAGCCUCUUUUAGGGAGAAUCAAGAGUCCGGGUCGAUAGGUGGUCUUCGGGACAGCAUGUGGGUAGUCUUAUGCCUGUUUAGGCUGCUACGAUGGCUACUUUGCCUACAAUAUGUCUGCCCAAAUCUGAGGGGGGGGCAACAGCCCCCCCCCAAUAAGACACACAAAAUUGACAACUUUGAGAUAUAUUAAAACCUGUCUUGCAAAUAACCUGUAUACUUGCAUGUUUGUUUUGAUAGUCUGUAGAUUUGGUAAACCAAAAUUUAUUUCAGAUUGGACUGAUAGACUUUGAAGUGUGACAGUCAUGGAUUGAACUUGAAGUCGGAGAACCUUCACCUAAGACACUGCUCAUCACAAUGCAUCAUAUGCCUAAAGAAACUGACAGGCCAAGUUGUCAAAAAAACAUCAGAAACUGGCCUUUCUGUCCCUAAUUCAUGCGUGUGAGGUAUGUGGAGAUGAUGUCGCCCACAGAAUUUUGCCAAUCAAGAACAAAUUCUGGCCAGAGAGUAUCCUGUAUUGUUCCAUAAGGCUUGUUGGGGCACAUAUACCAGUAAAACUAACCUAAAACAUGCUGGAAAAGAAUCAGAAGCAGCAAGCGGCUGCUCCUCAAACACAAGUGACCCUCCUACG